AUGGAAAACAAGUUUGUUUUCCUCAUCUUCUUUGGGGCACUGGUCGGUGCCACGAGAGGUCAGGCGAACCAGGACGAGAGUUUCCUGGUGACGUCUGUGAACAAGCAAAGUUUGCUGAAGGCUCUGCUGCAGCAAGAAGCUACUUACGGCCAAAGCGGCCAUAGUGGCGGUUCGCAUAGCCAUCACGGAUCUACCCACAAGGAUGAGAAUGGAUAUCACUACAAUCGACCAGAUGAUCCGCUGUGUCUGCUAGGCGUUGGCCCUCAUUGUCAGCAAUCGAAGCCUGGCAAUGAAUAUUUGCCACCUUGCGCUGGCGGAGGCCAUGGACCGCACUGCCAGGUUGGAGUACCGGCAGCACCACGACCGCCAUCAUUUGUUCCCGCCCCAUCUCACGGAGGUGCUCCGGUAGUCCAGGUUCAGACAUUCGUCUUCGGUGCUUGCACAAACGGAGGAUUUGGGCCUUACUGUUGCACGAACGGAGCCAACACUCCGGAUUGUUCGAUAAGUCUUCCACCGUACGUACCGCCACCACCCCAGCCUCCACAAGUGCAGCCACCUCCACCACCACCACCACAAACUCGUCCUCCACCACCACCGCCGACUCGCCCUCCACCACCUCCACCAACUCGUCCUCCGCCACCACCACAAACUCGUCCACCGCCACCACCGACUACAAGGCCGCCUCAGACGCGUCCACCGACUACGACUAGACCAAGACCUCCGCCAACAACAACGAGACCGCGACCUCCACCAACCACGACAAGGCCGCGUCCACCGCCAACAACAACGAGGCCGCGUCCCCCGCCAACAACAACGAGACCGCGUCCACCGCCAACAACAACGAGACCGCGUCCUCCGCCAACAACAACGAGGCCACGUCCACCGCCAACAACAACGAGACCGCGUCCUCCGCCAACAACAACGAGACCGCGUCCUCCGCCAACCACGACAAGGCCGCGUCCACCGCCAACAACAACGAGGCCGCGUCCACCGCCAACAACAACGAGACCGCGUCCACCGCCAACAACAACGAGACCGCGACCUCCGCCAACAACAACGAGGCCACGUCCUCCACCAACAACAACGAGACCGCGUCCUCCGCCAACAACAACGAGGCCACGUCCACCGCCAACAACAACGAGACCGCGUCCUCCGCCAACAACAACGAGACCGCGUCCUCCGCCAACCACGACAAGGCCGCGUCCUCCGCCAACCACGACAAGGCCGCGUCCUCCGCCAACGACUACAAGACCGCGACCUCCGCCAACAACAACGAGACCGCGUCCUCCACCAACAACAACGAGGCCACGUCCUCCGCCAACAACAACGAGACCGCGUCCUCCGCCAACAACAACGAGACCGCGUCCUCCGCCAACAACUAGACCUCCUCCACCACCGACAACGGUAUCGUAUCCUUCAACGACACCAGCGGUUGUGUUCCUUGGUUGUCCCAACGGCGGAGUCGGUCCUUACUGCUGCACCAACGGUGGAGUCGGUCCUGGAUGUGUUAUUCCCCAAGGUCCACCGUACAAGACGUGCGAUAACGGUGGCGAACCACCGUUCUGCUGUGUCAACGGAGGAGUUGGACCGUACUGCGUUGAGUUCCAGCAAGCGGUUGAGGUGAGCCCACCGACGACGAUCAUCUACACAGGUCAGCCGGUGUGCCCGAAUGGCGGAGAGCUACCGUUCUGUGAACCACCGAACCAACAAGGAGACCGCCCCUCAUUCGGACAGCAGCCGACGCAGCAAAUACAGCCACAGAGACCGAUCAACCAGGGAGGCUAUGGCGUUCGUCCACAGGUCUCAGGAGUUAGCGUGAUACCGAGCAGUACUGCGGCACCGUUCUACCAGGGUGACACCGGUUUUGGUCAAUCGUUUGCGAACUCUUUCUCCCAGGCCAUCACUCCUCGUCCGAUGAUUAACACAGCGUCGAGAAUAGACACUGAGCAGCGUCCAGUGGCCGCCGCUAGACCGCAAGCACAGCAACGACAACCGACACCUGGUCCAGUUCAGGUGACUCCGAGACCACAAACACCUGCAGCAGCACGUCCUCAGCCAACGCGCGCCCAGGCCUCUCCAAGACCACAAACGGCAGCACCGCCACGCACACAGCCACCGCGUGCCCUGCCAAGUCCUGCUCCGCAGCGACAGAAUGUCGCCGCAACGGCAUCGGCAGCCGCCGGAUUCCCGAACACGGAUUUCAACAACCGAUCGCCCAUCAGACCGGCAUCAGUGGCAGGCUUCGGACCAGCGAGCGUCGGAGGCUCCAACUUCCAGCGACCACAGUCGGAUGGCGCGAACGCUGAGCAUGGGUUCUACUACAAGGACGGUGACCAGGCUGUCAUAUUCUAA